GCGGAGAAAGAAAAGAAAGGGAACAGAAUCUGCACCAACAGGCCCCCACCAAGCAAGGGCCCCUGCAACUUUGUGCACACAUGCAUGAUGAGUCCUUUUAGAGGGGACCCCACCAUCACCCAGCCCGGGCCCCCUAAACCCUCUGGGCGGAAGGGGGGCUUGCUCUGGACUCUGGUGCCAGCAAACAGGAGUAGUAAAUAGGCCGAUGAGGGAUAACAAACUGAGACUGAAUCCGGAGAAGACGGAGGUGCUUAUUGUGCAGGGCUAGAAGGAACUCGGGAGGCAAUUUUGAUCUGCCAGGUCUGGAUGGGGUCACGGUGCGCUUCCCCCCAAAGAAACAGCUGCCUCCCCUUCGUGUUCUAAACUUCUUGCGUGGCCUGUAGCAGAAUAAUGGAAUCCAGUGAAGAAGAGGAGUAUGAAUCCCAGGGAGAAGAGGAGGACUGGGAGGAGGAGGAAGAAGAAGGCCUGAGCAUGCACCAUCGCAGUGCUGAACUCCAAGACCUAGAGGAGCAAUUGUCACGGAUUGAAGUCCAUAUUCCUGAAGUUGUAUAUGACUUUGACUGGAGUUCUGUCGAUACCUCCAAUUUACCAGAGUCUUACAGGACAAAUUCGGCCAAGGAGCAGCUGCUGUUGCAAGUGGCUGACAACUUUCACCGACAAUAUGCACACCUCUGCCCCGACCGUGAGCCACUUUUCCUCCACCCUGUGAAUGAAUGUGGCAUCGAAAAAUUUGUGAGCACCACCGUGCGUCCGACAUUGCUCCCCUACUCAGAGUUGUACAACUGGGAUGGCGCUGCCCGCUUUGUGUCUGACUAUCUCAACAUGGAGCCUCUUCCGUCUCCCAUUGCACCGCCCAGCUACAUGUACUCCCCAACCACCAUCCUGCGCUACCAGAGGGGGAACUGCUUUGACUUCAGCGUGCUCCUCUGCUCUCUGCUGAUUGGCGCUGGUUACGAUGCCUACUGCGUGAACGGCUAUGCCACCCGGGAGAUGUGCUUGAUGGACGAGACCAGAGAGGUGUGCCCGCUGCUGAAGAAAUCAGAAGAGGUCGUAGUAGAGGCUGUGAAAGAGAAACCCAAGAAGUAUGCCAUCAAGCCACUCCGAGAUCUGCGGAGCAAAUUUGAGAUGCGACUGGAGGCAAAGGCGCAAGCGAUCGUGCAGGCAGCUGAUCAGAAGAAGCAGAAGGAAGAAGACGAGAGGAUCGCGGAAGCCGAGAAACCCAAACCUGAUUCUCUGUACGGCCUGCGGGUCCAUGGCUGGGUGCUGGUUCUUUCAGGCAAGCGGGAGGUGCCGGAGAGCUUCUUUAUUGACCCCUUUACGGGGAAAAGCUACUGCACCACGGAUGACCACUUCCUCGGUAUUGAAAGCGUGUGGAACCAUCGGAAUUACUGGGUCAACAUGCAAGACUGUUGGAAUGCCUGCAAGGACCUCUUGUUUGACCUCGGGGACCCUGUGCGGUGGGAGUUCAUGCUGCUAGGAGCCGACAAGCCUAUCCUGUCACUUCCAGAAGUGGAGGAGGAGGAAGAAAUGGGGGAUGAUGAGAUAGAAGAUUUGCUUAAAGAAGAAGAACCCAAGGGUUUUGACAUGCCUGCAUCCUGGGUCGACCAAAUCCAUAUAUCUCCCAAAGAAUUUGAGACCCGCUGUCCCCAGGGCAAGAAGGUGAUUCAGUACAAGUAUGCCAGGCUUGAACAGUGGGCACCUUACCUGAACAGCAGCGGACUGGUCUCUCGCCUCACGAUCUUUGAGGAUCUUGACUGUACCAGAGUGUUGAAGGUGAAGGAAUGGUUCAAGAACCGAGAAGACCUGCUGGAGACCAGAGAACUGAAUAAGAAGACCCAAGUGACAACUGAGCACUUUGGCCCUGGGCACCUUCAGGGUCUCAAAGCACACAUCUACAAGACACUGGUCCCGGAGACGGAGCGCACCAUGGACUUUUACAGCGAGACCCGGGUAGAUGGCCUUCAGAAACGUGUCGAAACUCCCCAAGACAUGACUGAGUAUUUUGAAGGGCGCUCGGAUUUCCUGAUCUACCGGCACACUGACUUUGGGAAAAGAGCCAAAAAGGUUGGCCCCACUCCAUUUUCCGGUGGAGACACGAACGCCCGGCCAAUUCUGAAAAUCACAGAGCGGUUCCGCAGAAACCCAAACAAGCCAGCUGAUGAAGAUGUGGCAGAACGCAUCUUUUCUGUUGUGGAGGACAAGAUCCUCUUGACCUACCAUUGCAAGGAGAACUACAUCACUCCUUCCAAGCGGGAGUUCAACAAGCGGACUGAAGUGGACAGCAAAGGCAAUAAGAUCAUCAUGACCCAAGAAAUGUGCCUCAGCUAUCAGGCAGGGUCCACUGAGAAAGAGAAGAAGCUGUUCCACCUGUAUGAAAUGAUGAUGCAACUAAUAGAGGACGAGAAGCUUUCCAAGCACCUCGUGUGGGAGUCAGAGAUGGAGGUUCUGGACAUUCUGAGGAUCCGAGAGGAGGAGGAAGCAGCCAGCAAGUUGACUGUGUCCAUUUACGAUACCGAGAGGAACGAGAAGAGCAAAGAGCAGAGAGAGGCGAUGGAGCGCCUGCAGCAAGAGGAGCGCCAGCGGCAAGUGGAGCAGGACCUGGACUACCUGGCGCCCUUCCUGGUCCAGAUGGGCGGCGUGGAGAAGAUGACCAAGUGGGUGGCGCUGCGCCUCAAGGAAGACUGCCUGAGCGACUUCAAGCAGCGGCUCGUCGACAAGGCCAACCUCAUCCAAGCCCGCUUCGAAAAGGAGACUCAAGAGCUCCAGAAGAAGCAGCAAUGGUACCAGCAGAAUCAGCUGAACAUGACCUUGGAGGAUGAGGACGCCUACCUGAACUACUGCUCGGACGCCAUGUUCCGCAUUCGCAUCUUGGAGCUUCGCCUCAGCAGGCACAAAGAGAGAGCCCCACAGAAAUAUAUGGCACUAGAAGAGAAGUUGUGCAAGGACCCUCGCCUGUGCGACUACCUCAAAUUUCAUUUUUGAUUUCCUUGCUCAUAUAGCUGUCACCAGGAAUUGCUCCUGGAAACUCUCAUGAGCUUCCUUGACGUGCAGUGGUCAAGGAACACAUUCAUGAUCUCUUGUUAAUUUUCAGCCUGUUUUUUUUAAAUUUCCUCCAGGAAACUUUGAGAGCAUCAGGGCCCAAAAGCACCAGCAGAAAAACUUUGUUUCAGUCUGGGGUAAAAAUUCACAUUCAUCGCAUGCAGGGGUAACAAAAACAUACUUUAGGAGGGAAGUGAGAUUCAGAGUGCAGCUGGUGACAGGGUUAAAUGCAGGACGACCCACCACUCCAGUUCCUCUGGUGCAAGCCACCCCUUCGCCAGAUGGCUUUUCCAGUCUGGGGAAAAAACCAGUUUGGAAAGCAACCACCGGACUUCUGUUAUGCACAUAUGUGUGCAAUAAAUAGUCAGGCCCUCACCUAUUUCAUUGGGCAAUUUUGCUCCCAGUAAAUGUUCUCCUGUGGCA